ACAGUCCGGCAGAUCAUACCACAUUCAUUCAUUCGGUGAUUAUUCACGUUUCUCUCUUCUCUUCUGUUGGCAUUUCUUUCUUACAUUCAUUUCAUCGCAAAUGUCUCUCGAGAUUGCUGUCAAGGCUGCCGCUGGCGCUCCCAAUGUUCUCGGAGACUGUCCAUUUUCCCAAAGGGCACUCUUAACUUUGGAAGAGAAGAAGAUCCCACAUAAAAUCCACUUAAUUGAUAUCAGUAACAAACCCCAAUGGUUUUUGGAAGUGAAUCCAGAAGGAAAGGUUCCAGUGAUUAAGUCUGAUGAUAAAUGGGUUCCUGAUUCUGAUGUUAUUGUUGGGAUACUUGAAGAGAAACACCCUGAACCUCCUCUCGCUACUCCUACUGAAUUUGCCUCAGUGGGGUCAAAUAUCUUUGGGACUUUCGUGAGCUUUCUGAAGAGCAAGGAUUCAAAUGAUGGAACAGAACAAGCGUUGGUUGCUGAACUGAGUGCUUUGGAUGAACAUCUUAAGGCUCAUGGUCCAUUUGUUGCUGGCGAGAAGAUUUCUGCUGUUGAUUUGAGUUUGGCACCAAAACUGUACCAUCUAGUGGUAGCACUUGACCACUUCAAGAACUGGACUAUUCCUGAGAGUUUGACAAAUGUCCACAACUACAUCAAGUUGCUCUUCGCCCGUGAUUCAUUUGAGAAAACCAAGGCAGCAAAGGAAUAUGUCAUUGCUGGAUGGGCACCAAAGGUCAAUGCAUGAAGUAGCUCAAAAUUAUGAGUUUAAUGAACACCAGCCAUGCACUGUUAUCGAACAUUAUUAAGAAAUAAGAAUAGGAUUGUGUGUGACUUGUCAUUUGAAGGAUUGAAAUUUGAAUUCUGUUGAUCUCGUCUAUAAUAAAUAAGUAGUUUGUUCGUGUGUGUUUUGUUUAUCCA